UAGUUCUGCCCCACCCCAUUUCCGGACGUCAUGAUUUCGCGCAAGCGCAGUUAAGGCCCCACCGAAUUACGAAUCUUGGCGCUAUUGCUUGGAGAAGUCGCUGCCUUGUCUGUCCGCGUACGGGCGGGGGAACCGUCGUGUUGAGGCAGUGCAUCUGAAUAUUUGGGACCAUGGGAGUAACUAGCCUGUGGCAGAUCCUGGAACCUAUCAAGCAACAUGUCCCUCUCUGCAGUCUUAAAGGAAAAACAUUAGCUGUUGAUUUAAGUCUCUGGGUGUGUGAAGCACAGGCAGUUAAGAAGAUGGUGGGAAUAGUCACAAACCCGCAUCUUAGGAAUAUUUAUUAUCGUGUCUCUUCUUUAACAUUGAUGGGGGUCCAUCUGGUGUUUGUCACGGAGGGAGAUCUCCCAAAACUGAAAACCAGCACAGUGAAGAAGAGAAUAGAAGCUCGCUUUGGCCCAUCGAAAAAGCCUGGGAUUGCAAAAAAAGGGAGAUCCCGUUUCAAAUCUAUUUUGAAAGAGGCAAGCUAUCACAGUGGGUUACGCUUACAGAUGCUGAAUACGGCCAGUUAUCAGUGCCUUGAACUGCUGGAGUGCUUGGGAAUGCCAUGGAUUCAAGCAGCUGGAGAAGCAGAGGCCAUGUGUGCCUAUCUGAAUGCAAAUGGCUAUGUGGAUGGGUGCAUCACCAAUGAUGGAGACAUCUUCCUUUAUGGCGCUCAAACAGUUUAUCGAAAUUUUACCAUGAACGUCAAGGACCCACAUGUUGACUGCUACUUGAUAUCUGAUAUUGAAGAGAAACUAGGCUGCAGCAGAGAAUCUCUGAUCGGAUUAGCAAUUCUGCUUGGCUGUGAUUAUCUUCCUAAGGGAGUUCCUGGAGUAGGAAAAGAACAGGUUUUAAAGUUGAUCAAAACUUUAAAAGGACAGAGUUUACUGCAAAGAUUUGAGUCCUGGAAAGACCAUUUGCAAUCUGGUGAUGUCCCAGUAUCAACAGCUAAAAAACCACUUCACUGUUCUGUGUGCCAUCAUCCAGGUUCUUAUAAAGAUCAUAAGGACACAGGAUGUCAGAUCUGUGGCAGUGUAGGAUAUUGUGAGCCCCAGGAUGCUGACUACUGCUGCCCCUGUGACUGGCACUCUUCUGAGUCAAAGCAGCAACCAAGCUUAGAGGAGGAAAGUAUUAAAAAAAAAGCUAUGGCAUGUGAAGGUUUUCCCUUUCCCGAGGUUAUCCAAGAGUAUCUCAUCAGCAAAGACAAACCAGUGAAAUUAAAUGGAUGCCAAAGGCCAAAUUUAUUAUCUUUUCAAAGGUUUGCUGUCAAGAAAAUGAACUGGACCGAGCAGUAUGCCUGUGAGAAAUUGUAUAGUCUUCUGACUUACUAUGACAUGAACAGAAAGAAGUCUGGUUAUACUGAUCCAAAGCAUCUGCAGGCCUUGCGGAUAAUCAAGACACGGAUUAGAAAUGGAAUUCCCUGUUUUGAAAUUGCAUGGCAAAAGCCAGAUCAUUACUCUGCUGCAACUGAGGAUCAGCCUGCAGAUCCCUUUCUAAUAACAAUAGAAGAGUCAACUCUAUUUGAGGCUGCCUAUCCUGAAGUGGUCGCUUUGUAUCAAAUGGAGAAGUUGAAAAUUGGCAGAGAAAAAAAGAAAAGUAAGAAAAAAAGUAAAGAGAAAGAAUGCUUAGCAGGGGACAGCAAAGGAGAAGGCUCUUUUUCUGACCUGACCUGGCAACCUGCGGGUGAAAAUAUUCUCAGCCAAGGUUCAAAAUCUGAUUUGGGGCUUGUUUUUGAUAUGCAAAAAUUUCCAAAAAAGAGCUGUGAAUCUCUGUGUUUAUCAGGCUCUGCAGAUUUUUCUACUGCAUUAGGAGAGCCAAGCAACUUCUUUUUUGCUUCACAGAAUACAGAAAAUGAAUAUAAACCUUCUAAUUCUUUAAUCUCACCAACAGAAUUAUUUGUGAAGGAGCCGAUGGCUUCUUCCGCAAAUAUCGAUCUGCAGCUGAGUGGCAUUGACUGGGAAGGGACAUCCUUCAGCAUUUCUCCAAGGAAUGUUAAUCUUCCUUGGUAUUCAGAAUCUGAGUCUGGCCUGGGCAACAAUUCUUUAAAGCUGUGCUGUCCACCAUACAGUAAAGCAGCCAAUAUCCUCACACAGCAUUCAGAUUCUGCACAACAUGAUCCCAGUCAGGUCACUGGUGUAGAUUACUCUGUUUCAAAUACAGACUUUCCUAAAGACAAGUAUGAUUUGUCUUUAAAAGAUCGAGCCACGAUGGAAAGUUUAGAAGCUUUCCCCAAAGCUAAAAACGUGACUUUGUUAAACACCAUACAACUGCAAGAACAAAUAAAGAGAACUUCCAAACCUGGAGAAGAAUUUUCGUCUCUUCCUAACAGCAUUCAGGAAAUUGAAAAUGUGAUGUUACUAGAAAAACAUCUGCAGGGGCUAAGCUUGGAGAACUAUAAAGAAGAUCUCCAAAGUUCUGAGAACCCACGAACUGCAGCAGAUAAAGUCCUAGAUUCAGGAAGUUCUUUGAGGUUGUGCACUGAAACGCUAAAAGUGAGUUGCUUAGAAAACAAACAGCCCAUUUUGCCAUCUAGGUCAAAUAAAGUCCUAGAUAACUGUCAGACUGGGAAAAAAGCUGUGCCAAGGAUCAUGAAAAGCUCCCUGAAGAAGAGUGUGUGCCAAAAUAGUUAUCAUGCUGAAGACAGCGAUAGUGAAAAUGUGGAAGGCAGGUGGAAGGGUCACAGGAUCCCAAAACAGCAAAGGAAGAGUCAUAUGGUUCAGCUGAAGGACAAGUGCAAUGGCAAAAGGGACAACAAGAAAUUGGCAUUUGAAAUUCAGCCAAAAGCAGAAGGGAAAGAUGAGCAGGCCCUUAAAUUACUCAACACUGAUUUAUCAACAGAAGAACGUCUGCCUGUACCGCUCUGCAGGUCUCCAAGUCUCUCCAAAUGUGGAUUCGAUCCUUGUCUUCAGGAGACCAGAAGCGAUUUGGACAUGUGGCUUGAGAGUCCACUGCCUCUGUCGGAAAGGCUAAAGCACAGAUUGAAGAGCAGUUGAGAACUUCCUGCUCCCAUCUCCCUGAUGUCUUCAUCUGCAAACAUCUCAAAUGUCUUGAUACGUUUUAAAUGUCCUCUAAAUUAAUAAGCGCCAUAAUUGUGAGUGGUAGAAGUUUGAAAGAGGGCUUGUGUCUGAAAUGAAAUGACUGGCAAAUUAAGUUCUUCAAGCAACUUUUCUGUAGUGACUUGCUCUAAUUUCGACCUGCCGUGAGUUGGGCUGAAGUCUUCCUAAAUAAUUUGCUUGAGUGGUUGCAUCAGUCACACCACAAUAGCAUGAACUCAAGAAUAAAUACAUAAUAAUGUUGGCUUUUUUGCAGAGUAUAAAAUAUGGAACAACUUGCUAAUCAAUGGCAGUGGCAAAGCGGCUGACAUUUUUACACAUGCAGAUUGGUUAGUAUAUGUUUUUGUACAAUUUUGCUACAGAUUUUCAGGUCCAAGUUAUAGUCCUCUAGAUCCAGUCUUGGAAUCAAUCUCUACAUGUGCAACAGAGUUUAAGUACCAGAAUUACGAAAUGGUAAAAUGGGGUCAAAAAUGUCAAUUUAGAAUUACGCUUGUAAGAUACCUUUAGAAUUAGAAAUCUAACUUAGAGAGGACUGCUACAACCUAGUACUUUGUCUGCUUUUCGCUUACUCUUUUGCCCAGAUUUCUAAUUUGGGAUCACAUGGUCUUAGAAUCAUAAUGAUUUUCAUUUGUAACCAUAUGUAAUCCAGUUUUUAAAUAGACUUUCAUAUAGCCUUUUUAAAAAUAUGCAGUACUUCUAAAUAGUAGUAGUUUAAAUGAAUUAAUUAGACACAAAUAUUCUGCAACAAUAUUUAAUGAGUUAGUCCAAUCAAGGGGAGUUUGUCCCUGCAAAUAGUUGUAUUUAAGAAUGCCUUCUCUUUAAAUACAGUAUUUGUAACGUUAGUGGUUUUCCCUGAUUCCCGGUACUAUAUUAUUUCUAAUCUUACUUAGAUCGACUUUCUGUCUUUUAUAGAUAAGCUCUGUUUUUACUGGUAAAAUGCAUGCUUUCCAUGCCAAAAGUACCCAGUUCAAAUCGUGGCCUUUUACUUCAGGCUGGAACGGCCCCCAAUGGCCGUUCUAGAGACCUGUUGUUGGUCAAGAGACAGGACUUGAGCGAAUAGAUUUGGCACAUAGUGCAAUGCCUAAUAUUGAUGGUGAUCAGAUCAAGGUGCAAAUCAUACCAAUUUUCUAACAUAACACAGAAUUGGAAGAAAUGCAUCUCUUUGGCGACUGUUGAUUCAUGAAAAGGGUGAAAAUGUUGUGGUUUCUUGCAGUGGAAUUGUAAAUGCAAGUGACAGUCUAAUCUACAUAUUUAUUUUUCACAAUAUAUAAGCACAUAAAUUAUUAAAAAGAUGCAGAAUCUGAUUUUGCACGUUGUACUAUGUCAUCAUCUAAUUUGUCUUGAUUUAAUGCAAUCUAUAAAGCCAGCCACUGUGGUUUGUAAAAUAUUAUAUUCAGCUUAGCCUGUGAGUGUAGCUCUUUGUCAGUCUGUUCUACAAAUCAUGGUUAAGACAAACCAUGGCUAAAUAUGACAAUCCUAACCAAUUGCAAAAUUAUUUGAGCCAUUUUGAAUUUCUACUCAGUUCAUUGGAUAAAUGGUUGAAAAUAUUCUCACUGAAUUCUUUUUUACUGAAAGCAUGAGAGAGAAAGUACUCGCGUAUAGCUGAAUUAUGUCCCAGGUUCACAAAGCUAAUGCCAAAUUCAUAAGAUUUUUCUAAAAUAAUGCAAGUGUAUCCCUGCAAUAUGACAUGGCAUGACUCAAGAAUCUACUUCCCUGCGGUACAAAACAUUGGAAAAAAUAGAUACGGUAGAGAAACUUUUUUCUAUUUAGUUGUAACAUGUGUUAGCCUGAAGUGGGAAGAAGGAGAUAAAAUCUGUUCCCUACUGCUUAUCCUACAGGUUUGCAAAUUACAAUGAUACAACAAUGCAGGAGUCAGUAUAUCCCAUUCUAAAUGUUCAUUUUCCUUCAUAAAACAUUUUGUGUCCAGAUCUAUUCUUGCCAUACUAAAUAGAAUUCUUCCUCUUAAAAUUACAAAUGUUAUACACUGUUGGAAAUCAAGUGCUAUUUGACACUCUUAGAAGGUGUAGUUGUUUAGAUGGACUGUAUCUAAGUCUUGGGGUUUAUUUUUUAAAGAAACAGGCUAGAAACUAGGAGAUCAGGAGUUCUAGUCUUGCCUUAGGCCCUAAGCCACCUCUUAGUCCUAGGAAGGAGGAAAGGGCAAACCACUUCCACAAACGUUAGCAAGAAAACUGCAGGAGCUUGUCCAGGCAGGCACAACACUGACAUAUAAGCAUCAUAUACAUACAUACAUACAUACAUACAUACAUACAUAUGAAUAUUAAAAAUAGAAGCAUGAUUCCUGGGUGUGUACAUAGUGAGAACAAAAUAUGA